GACUCAGGACACGAGUCACGCAAAAACCGUUUGAGGGCUACCAUUUUUCAGAAUCAUUUCUGAUUUCAGCAUUUCUUUUUUCUUAAAAAAAUUAUAUAUAGCUGUAUGUAGUCUCUGUUUAUCUUCUUGAGCAAGAAAUUGUUACUCUUUAGCCUUUCCUUCUUCACGCUUUUGCUCACUUCACAGAUUUGAACUAUGGGUCAAGCGCUCGGUUGCAUUCAAGUAGAUCAGUCAACUGUUGCUGUGAAAGAACACUUCGGUAAGUUUGAUGAAGUGCUGGAGCCAGGGUGUCACUGCUUGCCUUGGUGUCUUGGGUAUCAGGUCCCUGGUUAUCUCUCAUUGCGAGUACAGCAGCUUGAUGUUCGAUGUGAGACAAAAACAAAGGACAAUGUUUUUGUGACUGUUGUAGCAUCCAUUCAGUACAGAGCGUUAGCAGAAAAUGCAGCUGAUGCAUUUUACAAGCUCUCUAACACCAAAGGACAGAUCCAGUCCUAUGUUUUUGAUGGUAUGCUUNGGGCCAGUGUGCCACGAUUGGGGUUGGAUGCUGCAUUUGAGCAGAAGAACGAAAUUGCUAAAGCGGUAGAGGAAGAACUUGAAAAGGCUAUGUCUGCUUAUGGGUAUGAGAUUGUGCAGACCCUCAUUGUGGAUAUAGAGCCAGAUCCCCAUGUCAAGAGGGCAAUGAAUGAGAUUAAUGCUGCUGCAAGACUACGUGUUGCUGCGAAUGAGAAGGCCGAAGCAGAGAAAAUAUUGCAGAUCAAGAGAGCUGAAGGAGAAGCUGAAUCCAAGUAUUUAUCAGGGCUUGGCAUUGCUCGACAGCGUCAAGCCAUUGUGGAUGGUCUUCGAGACAGUGUGCUUGCUUUCUCAGAGAACGUGCCUGGAACAACAGCGAAAGAUGUGAUGGACAUGGUUCUUGUUACUCAAUAUUUUGAUACGAUGAAGGAGAUUGGAGCUACUUCCAAGUCAUCUGCUGUGUUUAUUCCCCAUGGACCAGGUGCGGUCAAAGACGUUGCUUCUCAAAUCCGCGAGGGUCUUCUUCAGGCUGAAAGUAUUCAGCAUUAGUUUAAAAAAGACUUAAGGAUAAUUGAUAGUCAUGUGUGAUUUGUUGCCUUUAGUUCAGUGUUGAUACGGUUGCUUUACGUGUGUUCGUGCUUAUAGAAUCCAUAGAUUGAUACAUGCCCCCUUUGGUUUUACCAUCUGGUUUAUAGGUUGUUUAUCAACUAUGCUGACAAACGAAGUUUUGCAGUUGAUUAUAUUGCUAUAAGAUGUGUCUCUAGGCAUUUUUAGGUAUUUC